UACUCUGACAACAUUACGAUAUUAUUUUCAUUAUAUUAUAUUUGAUAUUAAGAGAGACUGUUGUUAGCCACCGAACAAAAUACAUUAUAUUACAAUCGACAAUAUAUUGAAAGAAAAAGGGAUGUAAUGAGAGUUGUUAUUCUUAGUAUAUCCUUCACGCAUGCGCUGUUGUAGUUCUUUGUCAUCUUGAUGUCAUUGUUUUGUGUCUUCUGGAUUCACUUCUGCUGCACAUAUUUAUGACAACAACCUUUAUGAAACCAUAACAGUUAUAGUAUUAUCUCUUGAAUUAUCUUUCACGACUACUACGCAAUUUUGUAACAAUAUCCUUUAUAAAGCAUUUCUAAUACCAGAUGGUGUUGGAAUUAAAGAAUAGUUUUGGUUACCUUGGAUACAUCAUCAAUAUUUAUUGUUUUCUAAAAUACAAGGAAGAUGUUAUACAGAAGGGAUUAACCAUGUUUAUAUAAAUCUAUGUUACAGUACCUGUGAAAUAUUUCCUAUGAAAUUAUUAACAAGAUUUCUAUGCUUCACUAUGCAAGACUAGGUGGUUUUCCAUUCUAAUUAAACUGGUAUUAUGUUAUGGGAGAAUCCUGAACCCCCCCAUGUGACUGAAGGUGGACUAACCGAUUACAAUGAAUAAGAACUGAGUGAACUGUCAAGGCGUAGUUGACCAGUGUCAGCCUGACCAUUUUGGUUAAACAGUCGGUAGCUGAACAGUGAUUACUGAGUAACGUACCGAUGUUCAAGAAGUAUGGAGUACAUUUUGUGUUAAUAUAUUUCUGCAAUAGGUUAGUUUUAGAUAACUACAACCAACUAUUUAUUUAUGUAAUACCAUUUUACACCAGACGUGUAUACUCACAUCAUAACAUAUUAUAAAGGAAUUUGCAGGCUCAUUACUAAAUUCACAGAUAAUGGAAAUAUAGCAAAAUAAAUAUUUGUUGAGAAUAACGACAAAGUAAAAACAACUGUGUAUUGUAGUGUGAGAAGAAAAACUAUGGAAACGGAAUUGUGUGAGGAUUAUGUUAAAUGUGAAACACCAUCUAAAAGAAAUGAUUUUACUGAAGAGAUACCAACUGAUAUACAAACAACAUCAUGCUACUCUGAUAUCUGUAAAAAGCCAUUCUCAGAAAGUGGUUGCUUAAAUUCUCACAAACAUACUCAUACAGGAGAGAAACCAUAUCAGUGUGAUAUCUGUGGGAAAUCAUUCUCACAGAAAGGUAACUUAAGUAAACACAAAUUUAUUCAUACAGGAGAAAAACCAUAUAACUGUGAUAUCUGUGGUAAAUCAUUCUCUCAAGUAUAUAAUUUAGUUAUUCACAAACGUAUUCAUACAGAUAAAAAACCAUGUCACUGUGAUAUCUGUGGUAAAUCAUUUUCUCAGAAAAGUAACUUAACUAAACAUCAACGUAUUCAUACAGGGGAGAAACCAUAUGAAUGUAAUGUCUGUGGUAAAUCUUUCUCUCAAAUAUAUAAUCUAAUUAUUCACAAACGUAUUCAUACAGGAGAGAGGCCAUAUCAGUGUGAUAUCUGUGGUAAAUCUUUCUCACAAAAUGAUGACUUAAAUAGACAUAUACGCAUUCAUACAGGAGAGAAGCCAUAUCAGUGUGAUAUCUGUGAUAAAUCAUUCUCUCGGAAAGGUAGCUUAAGCACUCACAGACACAUUCACACAGGAGAAAAACCAUAUUUCUGUGUUAUGUGUGGUAAAUCUUUCUCUCAAAAUGCUCACUUAACUAAACACAAACACAUUCAUACAGGAGAGAAGCCAUAUAAAUGUGAUAUUUGUGACAAGUCAUUUUCUCAGAAAUGUAAUUUAACCACACACAAGCACAUUCACAUUGGCCAGAAAUCAAAACCAUAUGACUGUGAUAUCUGUGAUAAAUCAUUCUCUCAGAAAAGUAACUUAAGUACGCAUAAAUACAUUCAUACAGGACAGAGGCCAAAACCAUAUCAAUGUGAUAUCUGUGGUAAAUCAUUCUCUCUGAAAACUAACUUAACGACACACAAAUACACUCAUACAGGAGAGAUGCCAAAACCAUAUCAGUGUGAUAUCUGUUGUAAAUCAUUCUCUCAGAAAGGCAGCUUGACUACACACAAACACAUUCAUAUAGGAGAGAAA